CAUAGCAUAUGUCCUUGUAAUUAUUUUCUCCCAGUAUGAUGGUGAGUAUCACCAUCAUCAUCAUCUUUAUCAUCAUAGCUUUUUUUCUACACGAAUACUGAUCCGUCAUUCUGCUGUAUUAAUGGCCAUACGCUAGUGAGUAUGAUGGUACAUAUUCUCAACCAUAAUUAAAUCGCAACCAAUACUAAGCAAUACUAAGUAUUUUGCCCGUUUGAGCCACUUUACACAUUCAAACAUAAGCAGGUAGCAACAACCCAAAAUCUGUAAGUGAGAAAGAGAGAGAGAGCUAAGUGAGAAGUUCGGGUUUUCAGUCUAAGUAAGGACAGAAUCGAUAAGCAACCCCACUCGAACGAAUCCAAUUAGAGAAUUGGUAGGCUCCUUGAGAAAAAGCAACUUUAUAAAGGUAGGGCCUCAAGAUUUCCCCCCUAGUGGCCAACAACCUUCAAAUAAAAUGGCCACCACUUUGGACCAUCAUGCUCCCAAAAGCAAUAGAAAAAGUACUAUUCCCAUACAACUGCCAAAGAGCCUCGUUCUUUCUCUCUCUAACUUUUGCUAAUUCCCAUGCAACUUUAACCCACUAAAAAAUAGCAAGAAUGAUUCCCGAGCAACGUUAAUCUCAAGCUUCUAAUCUUCAUUUUGCUCUGACAGUGCUCACCCAAAGACCCUACAUCAGAGAAGCCAUUUUACUGGUAUCUCCAAGUGGGUGUCGACACCUGCGUUGUUUCUAAAGAUCAUCUGCCAGUAUUCAAGUUUCAUUUAUUGGGUUCCUCAAAAACUCAGGUACCUUCAAUUAUUAGGACAAGAACCAUGGAAGAAAAGCGCAAGAGCUUCAGUUUUCCAUUGGUUUUGGCUCUUCUCUCUCUCCUCAGUUGCAGCUUUGGAGAUGCAGUAGUCAUGGACAGGUGUUCGAAAGCUCUCUUAGGUUUAAAAUCACAGUUCCUUGACAGCUCCAACAGUUUAUCAGACUGGUCAGUUUCCUUCCAUCGAAAGCCCCCAACCUCCAUUGCUGCUUGCUCUUGGACAGGAAUCAGAUGCAAUGAUAACUCAACCCAAAUAAUCGGCCUGAAUCUCUCUUUUAAAAACCUCUCUGGGACCAUUUCCGGCAAUUAUAUCGAGCUCUUACCUGAUCUUGUGGACCUAAACCUCAGCCAUAACUCAUUUUCUGCCCAACUUCCAGCAUCUAUACUCAACCUCCCCAAUCUCAAAACCCUAGACAUCAGUCGAAACAAUUUUAGCGGCCAUUUUCCAUCAAAAUUAUCCAAAAGCCAGCAUUUAGUUGUCCUGGAUGCCUUUAGUAAUAGCUUUUCAGGGCCUUUGCCUCCGGAUAUAGCUCACUUAGACUCUCUUCAAGUGCUUAAUUUGGCUGGAAGUUAUUUCCAAGGUUCAAUUCCACCUGAAUAUGGGUCAUUCAGGUGCCUCCAAUUUCUCCAUCUUGCUGGAAACUUUCUUUCAGGCGAGAUUCCAGCAGAGCUUGGCAAGCUCAUAACAGUGACCCACAUGGAAAUUGGGUAUAAUUUCUUUAAUGGAAGUAUCCCAUGGCAAUUAGGUAACAUGAGUGAGCUUCAGUAUCUGGACAUUGCAGAUGCCAGGCUCUCUGGUUCAAUUCCUGAGCAGCUCAGCAAUCUCACCAAGUUAGAGUAUCUGUUCCUCUUUCGAAAUGAACUAAGUGGGGUAAUUCCUUCUACUUUAGGUAAUAUUUCAUCACUGAUGUUCAUCGAUCUCUCUGAUAACCUGUUAUCGGGGCCCAUUCCGGAGAGCUUCACAGGCUUGAAGAAUCUCCGACUCCUAAGCUUAAUGUAUAAUCAAAUGAGUGGACAUGUUCCUGAAGGAAUUGCAGAGCUACCAUAUUUGGAAAGCCUUUUGAUAUGGAACAAUUUUUUCACUGGAAAUCUGCCCCCCAGUUUGGGUAGGAACUCAGAGCUCAAGUGGUUAGACGUUUCCACAAAUGGGUUCACUGGGCAAAUUCCAGAAGGCCUAUGCGAAAGAGGCAAGUUGUACAAGUUAAUCCUCUUCUCCAAUGGCUUUACAGGUGGAUUUCCCUCUUCCCUUGCAAAUUGCUCUGCUCUUGUUCGUCUCCGAAUAGCAGGGAAUAAUAUCUCUGGAGAAAUUCCUCUAAAAUUCAGUAUUCUUCCUAGUCUCAAUUAUGUCGAUUUGUCAAGAAACAACCUAGAAGGAGAGGUCCCUGGAGACUUAUCCCAAGCUCCCGACCUUGAAUACUUCAAUGUCUCAUACAACCCUAACUUGAAGGGCACUAUACCAGCAAAUAUCUGGUCUUCACAAGUCUUGAAAAAUUUUUCAGCAGCUUUCUGUAAUAUCUCAGGAAAACUACCCCAAUUCAGGUCAUGCGGCUCAGUUUCUGUUAUUGAAUUGAACGGGAAUAGAUUAUCAGGGGACAUACCAGAAAGCAUAGCUAAUUGCAAGAGGCUUGAGACGUUAGCGCUGAGGGACAAUGAACUGACAGGUUUGAUUCCUCGCGAGCUUGCAAAUCUUCAUUUCAUCAAUGUAGUGGACCUGUCUCAUAAUGAGUUAAGUGGUUCGAUUCCCCGAGAGCUCAGCAACUGCACCAAUUUGGUGCUUUUCAAUGUUUCUUUCAACCAUCUCUCGGGUUCAGUCCCUUCAACAGGCAUGUUCAGAUUGAUGGAUACUAGUGCAUUUGCAGGAAAUCCAUGGUUAUGUGGGGGUCCUCUCCAACCUUGCCUUAAAUCGCCCAGAAAUCCAGAGGCAUCUGGGCUCAACUUGAGGAACAAAACCUCAGAGAAAGCAACAUGGACAGUGUUAUUAACAAUUGGGCUGGUUUUCUUCAUCAUAAUUUCCAGUUUCGGGAUCUUCUUUUUUAAUAGAAGGCGAGCUCAGUGGAAGAUGAUUGUUUUUAGCGGACUCCCACAGUUCAAAAAGGAUGAUGUUUUGAAGAGCUUGAGCUAUGGAAACUGUGUGGAAACAGGGUUACCACAACAAGCACCUGCUCCAGUUUGUAAAGCAGAUUUGCCCACAGGAAUAACAGUUGCAGUGAAGAAAGUUGAAUGGGGACCAGGAAAUAGGACGAGGAUGACGGAAUUUAUAAACAGACUUGGCCAUGCUAGACAUAGGAACCUGAUCAGAUUGUUGGGUUUCUGCUCUAAUAACAAAACUGCUCUUCUUCUCUAUGACUACCUGCCAAAUGGAAGCUUGGCUGAGAGGAUGAAAAUGAAGAGAGAUCCUGCCAUCAGCACCUGGACAGACAAUUUUAGGGUUGUAAUUGGGAUUGCUAGGGGGCUCUGUUAUCUUCACCAUGACUGUUACCCAGCUAUUCCCCAUGGAGAUUUGAGGGCAAGUAACGUACUUUUUGAUGAAACUAUGGAGCCCCAUCUGGCCGAAUUUGGCUUGAAUAGGUUGUUGCAUAUGAACGGAGGUAGACAUGCAGGAGGGUUCUCUCAAACUAAUUUCAUUAUCACAGUCACAGGAAAGCUGGAAACUGCAACAGAAGAGGAUAUUUACAGAGAUAUUUACAACUUUGGAAGGUUAUCAUUGGAAAUUCUUACCAAUGGGAGAACCAUCGAUAACACAAGUAUACAGAACAGGCCCGAAGACGAAGUGCUCAAGGAGAUUUACAAUGAGAAUCAAGGAACUAUAACGGACAAAGUAGCAAAAGAAGAGGUAAGACAUGUUCUUGAAGUGGCCUUGCAGUGCACGAGUAGAAUCCCGUCUGAUAGGCCAUCCAUGGAAGAAGUGCUGAAAAAGUUGUCAGGUUUAAGACCAACACAGAAAAAGCUAGUGGGUUGAGCUAGGAGUGCUACUAAGAAGUUAAAACAGCACGAGAAAGCAGAGGAUCCCCUAAAAUAGUGGACAUGCAAUGUGUGGUUCUAAUUAAGCCAACAGCUAAAUUUAGAGAGAUUGCUCAGCUGGGUUCAUUGAGUAGCGCUUGUAUUCAUUCUUAAAAAGGAAAGUAGUGCUUGUAUUCUAAUAGCAUACUUCUUACCACCUGUGUAAUUACCAUGUGUGUAAUCUUAAAAAGGAAAGUAGUGCUUGUAUUCUAAUAGCAUACUUCUUACCACC